CAUCCUUACUCCCCAAGGUUUUCUGUAGUACUAUACUCUCACUUGCAACUUGCAACACUUCUCUUAGCUUUCCAUCCCUAGUCCUCAGUCGGGUUUUGGCUCUACCACCUUUAUUUUCUGUAUCUGUACCCCUCUUUCUCUUUUGCCCGCCCCUGCCCCCACAAUCCUAUCUCUAUUUCUAGGGUUCUACCAAUCACAUCCUUGCACUGUGAUUUAGGCGUAUAUCCUCUUUACCUAAGAGGAGAAGCCUGCACUCACUGCCAUAUGUUUAUUAGUUAUGAACUGAAUAAGGGAAGGCUUGACUUCCUGGGUCAUGGGAGUGAAGGAGUCUGGGUGACAGGAAGCAAGCGGGCUGUCAUGCCUAUUGCCUAGCUACCAGGUUAAAAGAGCGUGAUUGUCCCAUAGACUGGCUAUUCAGUGUAAAGAAGACAAAAAUUCCUUGGGAACCUACCUAGUUGGUUUCCCUUCCAGAUUUGGUAGACGUAAAAAGCAAAGGGGAAACAUGGGCAAAGGAAGAUUUGAUGAAAAAGAAAAUGUAUCCAACUGCAUCCAGUUGAAAACCUCAGUCAUAAAGGGUAUUAAGAACCAACUGAUAGAGCAAUUUCCAGGUAUUGAACCAUGGCUUAAUCAAAUCAUGCCUAAGAAAGAUCCUGUCAAAAUAGUGCGAUGCCAUGAACAUAUAGAGAUCCUUACAGUAAAUGGAGAGUUACUAUUUUUUAGACAAAGAGAAGGGCCUUUUUAUCCAACCCUAAGAUUACUUCACAAAUAUCCUUUUAUCCUGCCACACCAGCAGGUUGAUAAAGGAGCCAUCAAAUUUGUACUCAGUGGAGCAAAUAUCAUGUGUCCAGGCUUAACUUCUCCUGGAGCUAAACUUUACCCUGCUGCAGCAGAUACGAUUGUUGCCAUCAUGGCAGAAGGAAAACAGCAUGCUCUAUGUGUUGGAGUCAUGAAGAUGUCUGCAGAAGAUAUUGAGAAGGUCAACAAAGGAAUUGGCAUUGAAAAUAUCCAUUAUUUAAAUGAUGGGCUGUGGCAUAUGAAGACAUAUAAAUGAGUAUCAGAAGGAAUGCACUUUGACUAAUAUGGAUAUUGUGCUGUAUCGGUGUUUGUGUCUGUGUAUCACAUCAUGAAGACAGUGCCUCUUUGAUUAUGCUGAAUAAAUUCAACAGAUGCUAAAAUUC